GCGCAAAGGGACUGCUCCAUCCCGACACAUCCAACACCUGGUAAGAGUGUUCUUUCUUCCUCUCCACAAAUUAAUGCUGAUGCUGUUCCUCUUAUCAGUGUCAGAAUGGUGCUACUUUAAUUUAUCUCUGUCUUCAGGGCUCCACAAGGUCUCUGACUUACCACAAACAGAGGAGCACCCUCUCCAGGUAACUCAGCUCUCUAUCAUACCCUAAUUCAAUUCAUAAUUUCACACAUUCUCUCUCUCUCUCAAAUCAGGAGGAGGAGGGAGGAGGAGGAGGAGGAGGAGGAGGAGGAGGAGGAUGUACUGGAGCAUUAGGAGGAGGAGUAGGAUGUACUGGGGCAUUAGGAGGAGGGGGAGGAGGAGGAGGAGGAGGAGGAGGAGGAUGAAGAGGAGGAGGAUGAAGGGAAGAGGAAGAGGAGGAGGAGGAUGUACUGGAGCAUUAGGAGGAGGAGGAGGAGGAGGAUGUACUGGGGCAUUAGGAGGAGGAGUAUGUACUGGAGCAUUAGGAGGAGGAGGAGGAGGAGGAUGUACUGGAGCAUUAGGAGGAGGAAGAGGAGGAGGAUGUACUGGGGCAUUAGGAGGAGGAGGAGGAGUAUGUACUGGAGCAUUAGGAGGAGGAAGAGGAGGAGGAUGUACUGGAGCAUUAGGAGGAGGAGGAGGGGAGGUGUACUGGGAGCAUUAGGAGGAGGAAGAGGAGGAGGAUGUACUGGAGCAUUAGGAGGAGGAGGAUGUACUGGAAGCACUACAACUCUUACUCCUCAUUUCUGGCUGCUUCCACCGGUCUGCGGCUCUCUCUCGGCUUCUCUCUCUUCUCUCUCUAUCUCUCUCUCUCUCUCUCUCUCUAUCUCUCUCUCUCUCUCUCUCUCCUCUCUCUGUCUCUCGCUCUCUCUCUUCUAUAUUCCGGUCUAUCUCCUGUCUCUCUCUCUCUCUCUCUCGGUCUCUCUCCUCUCUGUCUCUCUCCUCUCUCUCUCUCUCGUCUCUCUCCCGUCUCUGUAUCUCUCCGUCUCUCUCUCUCUCUCUCUCUCUCUAACUCUCUCUCUCUCUCUCUCUCUCUCUCUUCGCUCUCUCUCUCCUCUCUCUCUCUCUUCUCUCUCUUCUCUCUCUGUCUCUCUCUCUCUCUCUGUCUCUCUCUCUGUCUCUCGGCUCUGUCUCUCUCUCUCUAUCUCUCUGUCUGUCUCUCUGUCUGUCUCUCUGUCUGUCUGUCUCCUGUCAUUCUCCACCUCCUCUCUUUCUCUACCUCUUCUCUUUCUCCAUCUCCUCUCAUUCUCCAACUGCACUGCCUAAGUGUGGUCUGUCAGUGGUGCAUUACAUAUUUUUCAGUUUCUCUGUUGACCCCAUUCUUCAAAUCAGUCGCGACCCCUAGUUUGGUGAACGCUGGGUUAAUUAAUAUAAGGGAGUCUGAAAAUGAAAGGUUUCAGUGUUGUUUUAGAGCUCAAAGCAGUAACAGAACAUAAAUCUAUAGACCACUGCAUAACCCCCGGCAAUCUCCCUCUCCCUGAUCAGGAGUGUCAGUGUGGACCGUGUGAUGGAGAGAGUCAUGGAGCGUCAUUAUGACUUUGACCUGACGUACAUCACAGAGAGGAUCAUCUCCGUCUUCUUCCCCCCUCUGCUGGACGAGCAGCGCUACCGUCUCAACCUCAAGGAGGUGACCACCAUGCUCAAGUCCAAGCACCAGGACAAGUUUCUGGUGAGUACAGUACAUCCUGUCGCUGAUGUAGACAUGGGCUAGGUUCCAAUAUCCACACUACCAGCAUAGCACUUAAGAUUGAGGAAUGCAUUGGGCAUCUAAGUGGUAUGCUGGUAUGGAUAGCUAUACACUCAGUGAUGCUUUCAUAUGGGGUUUUAUGUGUUACUUGCUGGCUGGGGCAUCAUGCACCCCAAAAAUCUGAGGGGGCACAAAGUGCGUGAGGAUGGCUGGGGGGUGGUCCGGCGGGGGGCUAGGACCCCCUGUUCGGAAGUUAGAGAAUUUUUGCAUUUUUCAAACACCUGAAACAACCAUUUCCUGCAAUCUAGAGCCAUAAUCAUUUUGUUUCCUUGCUGUCUGUUUGACUGGUGGUUCUUUUUUCUAAAGAAACUAAAUAUGCUUCUCUGCAUCUCUGUUAAAAUCUGGAUAAAAGAUUGAAAGGAAUGUGAGUCUUAUUCAGUACAUUUAGUAAUUGCUUGCUUUUCUAAAGUCUACCAACCUUGCCAGCAGGCAUGCCAGCUAAAAUAGUUAGACAAGCUAGCUACUCUAACUAACAUUGAUAGCCUGAAAUGGAUUCUUGGUAGCUAGUUGGGAGAUGAGAUUGGGAACGUAGCUGGGUUAGCCAAAUCCAACAUAAAAUGGCUAGGUGGCUAGUAGUAUUACAGAGAAACAACAACAACAACAAAAUAACCACAAACAAAUAUGAUUUUAUAUAUAAGGACACAUUUGAGGGGGCACGUGCCCCUGUGCCCCCCAAUGGGCAUGACACCUCUGCUUGCUGGGCUGAUUGUUGAGUACACACAUCAUUCAUUUGAAUAUGAAUUUUCCUUUCAGCUCUUCAACCUUUCUGAACGACACCAUGACAUCACCCGCAUGAAUCCAAAGGUAUCAUUUUUUAAUUACGACCUUGUGAAAAUAUGGCAACCCUUCCUGGACUAUAUGGAAACACUUCCAUUGGGGUUGGUGGAUGUGAGCUUGUAGAUCAAUGUAGCUAUUGUCUCUCUGUAAUGUACUGUUUGUAUUGCUUUGUGUAUAUGUUGGUAUUUCUUGUAAUUUGUCAUUGUUUUAAUUUAUUUUUUAUUUUGGGGGGUGGGGAGGGUUGAAUUACCUUUUGUUGUAGUACUUACUCUUGCUGUAUUGUAUUGUUCUGUUGUUAAAUAAUUGGGAAAAAAGUAUUCAAAAAAUAAUAUUAAUACUGUAUCAGUUUCUGAGACUAAGUAUAUUAAUGUACUUUUCCUCACUAUUUUCCCAUGUGGUCCAGGUCCAUGACUUUGGCUGGCCUGACUUCCAUGCCCCUCCUCUGGACAAGAUAUGUGCCAUGUGUAAGGCCAUGGAGACCUGGCUGACCUCUGACCCCCAGCAUGUGGUGGUCCUGCACUGCAAGGUCAGGGUUCAGGCUUCCGACUAGGUUUUAAAGUGUUGUUUAGUUUUUUAGGGGCUUUUGAAGGAAACACAAAAAACCAGACUGCUGGCUUCACAUAGAUGACUCGCAUAUUUCACUCACAGAGGCUCUUUGAUCAGUGCAAUAUGUAAUCUUUGUGUUUUUUCACUGUGAAGUGUUGAAAUUGCUAUGAGAUCUUGUAGGGGGUGACAUUCAUAUCUUUAAAACAAUAAUAAUCAGUUUAUUCCUCAAGGCUAAAAACAGUUGGUACUUCAUGUUCUUUCGGCACUGAUCUUUCUCCUUCAGGGCAACAAGGGCAAGACAGGAGUGAUUACUGCAGCCUACAUGCACUAUAGCAAGAUCUCUGCAGGGUGAGUGUCCUGUCCUGCAUCCAAAGCCACAGUUUCCAGGCUGAGCAUGGUUUAAGGCUGUAGAAGUGGAAACUGGCUUGUUCUUUGGCUCAACCCAGCUGCAUUCAUGUACUUCUGGCUCUUAGAGAGCCUGGUUUUAAGCCCAUAAUGGGAACGUUAUGUACAUGUUGUAUAAUUCUCUAUAUGAAGUGUGUAUUCUUGUUGUGCAGUGUGUCGCUUUAAUUCUGUGUUUUUGUGUUUGAGCAGGGCAGACCAGGCCCUCAGCACCCUGGCCAUGAGGAAGUUCUGCGAGGAUAAGGUAUCUUCCUCCCUCCAACCAUCACAAAACAGGUAAACACCAUCUACAUUUUGUCUAUAUUACUAACCAACAAGUACGCCCCUUAUGAGUGCUGUGAAAGCUCUUGUAAAUGUAUGUCUCUCUCGCUCUUUCCCUCUUCCCUCCCUCCCUCCCUCAUCCUUCCCUCCCUCCAUCCCUCCCGCUCUCUCAGGUAUACACUGAGUGUACAAAACAUUAAGAACACCUGGUCUUUCCAUGACAUAGACUGACCAGGUGAAUCCAGGUGAAAGCUAUGAUCCCUUAUUGAUGUCACUUGUUAAAUCCACUUCAAUCAGUGUAGAUGAAGGGGAGGAGACAGGUUUAAGAAGGAUUUCUAAACCUUGAGACAAUUGAGACAUGGAUUGUGUAUGUGUGCAAUUCAGAGGUUGAUUGGAAAAGACAGAAGAUUGAAGUGCCUUUGAACGGGGUAUGGUAGUAGGCGCACCAGUUUGGAUCAAGAACUGCAACACUUCUGGGUUUUCACGCUCAACAGUUUUCUGUAUGUAUCAAGAAUGGUCCACCACCCAAAGGAUAUCCAGCCAACUUGACACAACUGUGGGAAGCAUUGGAGUCAACAUGGGCCAGCAUCCCUGUGGAACGCUUUUGACACCUUGUAGAGUCCAUGCCCCGACAAAUUGAAGCUGGGGGGGGAGGGGGGGGGGGGGGUGCAUCUCAAUAUUAGGGAAGGUGUUCCUGUUUGGUAUACUCAGUGUAUAUAUUACUUCAUGCAUCUUUUUCACCAGGAUUCAGUGUUUUUUUGUUGUUGUUUUUUAUUGUUGCCUUUUGUGAUGUAGCCUUUACUAAUCACCCCACCCCUCCCUCUCUCUCUCCCUCUCUCUGUCUCUUUCCCUCUUUCCUUCCUUCACUCCCAUUCUCUCUCUCUCAGGUAUAUCUACUACUUUGGGGGGCUCCUCUCUGGGGCGAUCAAGAUGAACAGCAGUCCGCUGUUCCUCCACCAGGUCCUCAUCCCCACGCUUCCUAACUUCCAGGGCGAAGGAGGUGAGGCCGUGUGAGGGGCACCACAGACUUGUUUCCCCUGACUGACACUUGGUUCCUCCCAUCCUCAGAUUAGACCGCUACACUCGGGUGCUGAGUCUGUCUGAGUCUGUCUUUAUAGUAGUGUGUGUGCGUGUGCGUGCAUGCGCCAGGUGUGUGUGUGUGUCUGUGAAUGCCUGUCUGUGCAGAAGGCUCUGAGAUAUGGCCCUUUGAAUGAUAGCAGUGUUUUCAGAUGGUCAAAUUCACCCUCCACACUACACACUGGGCUGUUUAUCUUUAAUUGUUUGACGGAUAGGGACAGAGACAGUCAGCACAUUCCACUGUGUAACACUGAACACCACCUCUCUUUAUCGUUGCCCAGGUUACUUCCCCUUCCUGAAGCUCUACCAGUCCAUGCAGCUGGUCUACACCUCAGGGAUAUAGUGAGUCUGCAUCACUUCAUGUCAUACAGUAUUAUCAACCAACACCACUGACAGAAAAUACUAAUCUCUAACUUGGACAGGAUGUGCCUUUAGGCCUACAUUUCCUUGUCUGUGUGUACCUAUCUGUUUGUAUUCAUAUGUUGUUUGUUGUCUGUCCACAGUGACUUGCAGGGUUCUGGGGGCAGAAGACUAUGUGUGACCAUUGAGCCAGCACUGCUGCUGAAGGGAGACAUCAUGGUGAGUGAGACCACUAGACUAGUACACUAUUUCUCAAGUGAAGUCACCGCCUUGCCACUGGCAGUCCAUCAAGUAAUAUGAUUCUCCUCUUCUUCAUCUCACUGAUCUGUUGUUCUGCUCCCUCCCCUACCUCUCUGUCUCCCCCUGCAGGUGAAGUGUUACCACAGACGGGCCCGGGGUGCAGAGAGGGACACGGUGUUCAGACUGCAGUUCCACACCUGCACCAUCCACGGGACGCAGCUAUGGUUUGGCAAGGGGGAGCUGGAUGAGGCCUGUACUGGUACGAACUAGCGGGGGUUCUGGGAGAGGAAAGGGUCUCUCUGUACAGGGCCUGGGUGACUAACCAGAGGUAUCUGUUUUGUUAGGUCGGUGGUUAAGAGAAGUGCUCAGUAGAAAUGCCUGUAUACAGCAGAUGUGUCUAAAUGAAUCAAUCCCUCAACAACACUGAAUGUGUAGUGGUCCAUUGCUUCCUUGUAUAUUGAACACAAUGAUUUCCUAAUUCCCCUAAUGUGAUUACGUUCUGUGAAAUGUUAAAUUACUCCCAGCUGAAAAGUUGUGCCCUGUACUGAAAAAGCACCAGGAGAUUAUGUGGCAGUAAUGAUCCCAAUCGGAUUAUUACUGACACAAUUUAAAGGAAAACAGUAAAAUGUAUUUUCUCAGAUGAACGAUUCCCCUCGGAUGCCACUGUGGAGUUUGUCUUCUCCACUGGACCAGAGAAGAUGAAAGGUUUGUUUGAACUAUGCAUUUACAGUGUAACAGUGCCAGGGAACACAAUAACAAGUUUGUAUUGAUGUGCUUGUCUAAUAACAUGAACUCUCUCCUCAGGGCGUGAGUACCAGAGGAAUGACUCUGCUGUCACAGUGGACUACAACACAGCUGAUCCAGUGGUGCGCCGGGACUCCUAUGAGAACUUCAACCAGCGCUAUCAAGACAGCCUCGAUGGUACCGUACAGAGCAGUACAGAGGACCAGGGAUACACUCUCAAUAAUACAUUCAGCCCGCAGUUAAUACUGUGCUGUCGAUACUGUACUCUGAAGCUAUGUUAAAUCUCUGCUCUCUCUCCCCCUCUCAGACAUAGCCCACACCAGGGGUCCAGUGGACGGAAGUCUGUACGCCCAGAUAAAGAAGCAUCGCUCAGCCCCAGGAUCCGGCUCCCUGACCUCCACCAAUGGGAGUCCAGUAGGCACCAGCGAGGAAAGGCCCAGUCAGAGCCAGCUGCUCUCCCCCAGCUCUGACUCUCUCACUCACUCCGGCCACUCCGGCCACUCGUCUGCCAUCCCAGAGCGUCCAGAGGAGCUCCGAGGGCCCCCGCCCCCCACGCAGCAGGAGAGAGAGGACCUGGACCGACUGCUGGGGGGCAUCGAGGGGGAGAGGGACGGCCUGGACAGAGAGAGGGAGACUGCCAUCCUGGACGAUGGGGACUCGUCCUCGUCCUCGCCCUCUGAGCGUACAGGUACCCUGAGACUGGGCCGCUCCUGUUCCUGCCGGCUGGGCUACCACUCCCAGCGCUGUGCUGAGCCCGACUGUGACCGACUGCACCGCAUGUCCAGUGGCUACUGCCAGGACAGAGCCCCGGGCACCAACGGCCAUCCUGGGUCACCGCCCUUGGCUAACCCUGCCACCGUCCCCUCACACAUAGACCUGUGCCAGAACUACAGCCCCCACCCUCACCCUCAUCAGGCCCUGCCUCCCCCUGACCUGGUAUGGGAUCGCCAGCAGGGCCCUCCACACUACCUGCACCGUGAGGGACCCUCUCGUCACCCCUCUCAUCACCCUUCUCUGUACCCCUAUCCAUCCCAGGACCUGUCCUCUCACGCCCACUCCCACCCUCACACCCUUCAUCCUGGGCGCCUGCUCUGUAGAAGUGAUGACUAUGGUCCGUACCACCACCCUCCCUCACACACCCACCACCACCCUCACCACCCCAAGUCCUCCGGGUCCUACCAAGACAUGCUGCUGCUGGACGGCCUGCCACCCCCUGGCUGCCCCUGCCGGGACUGCCUCAUCAGGAGGGAGGACUCAGCCUUCCACGGCCUGCGGCUGGAGCGAGGAGAGAGCUUCCACUGGGACAGAGAGGCAGAACUACAGCAUCGGGAAGCAGGGCUGAGGAGAGGAAAGGAGUCUGAGCUGCCUAGAGGGGCAGAGAUGCACUGGGAGAGGGAGGCAGCAGGACUAAGAAGAGGAAGGGAGAUGUCACUGCACUGGGAGAGGGACAGGGAGGCAGAGCUCCAAUGGGAGAGGGAGAGAGAGGCCGACUAUUGGCACCGGAGGGCCUACGGGCCUCAGGGCCACGAGCUACCUGCUUUCACCUUUGACCCCCUGCCGUCUGGCCACCCUGCGUACCCGGAGCCGUCUCGCUCCCACGGCCACUCCCACAUGGACCUGAAGUACAGCAACAGCAGCAGCAGUGGCUACCAGACCCCGCACCAGGCCUGCCUCUGCUCCCCCUACCAGCCCUCCCCCUCUGAGAGCAGGGGCUACGCCUCAGGCUACCAGUCUGAGUCCACCUCCCCUCUGCCCCCUCCCUCCACCCUGUCAGGCCCCUGUAGCCACACCAGAGGGCCAGCAGACCACCACCCCGAAGCCCACCCUCAGCAGUACCCCUCCGAGAGACAGACAGGUGAGACAACUCCCACUGGUUUAUUUAUUAGCUACAACAUAUAAGAUGAUUUCAUGAAAUACAUUUAAACCAAUGUAGGAAAUAAUUAUUCAAAUGUCAGUUCUGUCACAUAAAGUAAUUCUCUCUGUUCUCUGUCUUCCAUGAGAUGGAAGAGGGAUGAGUGAGAACGUGAGUUGGCGGGACUACAUCUCCCAGGGUUCCUUCAAGAGGAUGCAUCCUUCAAGAGAUGUCCCGUGUUCCACGCCCUCUGACCUCUCUGGGCCGCCCACCCCUGUUCUCACCAGCAGCCCUCUGUGCACAGAAGAAAGGUGCCUAUUCUGUUGUCUUCUUUUUAACAUCUGCAAGUCACAUAUCAGUCUUGUGUGUAGAUGAAAUAAACAUUCCAACAUUACAUGUAAGAAUAUAUUGCAUACCUCUUUAAUAUUACUUUCUGUUUGUUUCAGCCUCAGUCUAGGUGUGCAAGAUUAUGAAGUUCGAUCGACUGACAUAGUCAACAGUGACUGUGAGUCUGCCCAGUCUCAGGAUAGGCCCAGCAGUGCUGCUGCUCAGGGGUCGCAGAUCAACCAGCAACACAUCCCUGACCCUUUACAGUCUACAUCCGUGACACCCACACCUUCCCCCACCCAACCCAACAGCCACUGCACCACACCGACAGCAACACAACCACUCUCACCCCACCAGCCCCGGAACUACAGUACUACACCUUCACCCCACCAGCCCCAGAACUACAGCACUACAUCUUCACCCCACCAGCCCCAGAACCACAGUACUACACCUUCACCCCACCAGCCCCAGAACUACAGUACUACACCUUCACCCCACCAGUCCCAGAACCACAGUACUACACCUUCACCCCACCAGUCCCAGAACCACAGUACUACACCUUCACCCCACCAGUCCCAGAACCACAGUACUACACCUUCACCCCACCAGCCCCAGAACUACAGCACUACACCUUCACCCCACCAGCCCCAGAACUACAGCACUACACCUUCACCCCACCAGCCCCAGAACUACAGCACUACACCUUCACCCCACCAGCCCCAGAACUACAGCACUACUUCUUCACCCCACCAGCCCCAGAACUACAGCACUACUUCUUCACCCCACCAGCCCCAGAACUACAGCACUACACCUUCACCCCACCAGCCCCAGAACUACAGUACUACACCUUCACCCCACCAGCCCCAAAACCACAAUACUACACCUUCAACCCACCCGCCCCUAAACCACAAUACUACACCUUCACCCUCACCUACAACCAGCCAGCCCAGCAACCACUGCCACCCCACUACACCCACUCAGACCCCCACUGAGAAAGCUACCCCAACUGGUCCAAAGACCACCCUUCCUACAGAGACUGCUGUACUGCCUCCUGUUGCCCAGCCCCAGCCCCAGUCCCAGUCCCCCAACUCCAACCCUGUACCUGGUUCACCAGGGCCCAUCCCAGCCCAGGGCCAGCUGAACGGAGCAUGUCCCCCCAGGAAGCUGACCCCAGAGGUCCCUAAAUCCAGCUCCACCCCCACCUCGGCCCCUUCCUCCCCCCAUCCUCCCAUCAGCAGUCUGGAGGGCUCCCCCUCCUCAGAGCCUCCUGUGCCCGGCUUCGCCACCCUGGGCCGGAGGUUGAUGCUGGGCACUGAGCCCCCAGGAUCCCUGCAGCACUACCCUGGCAUGGAGGGCAGCACCAGCGGGCAAUCGCCAGCCCCUGAGGGACACACCACCCCCACAUUCCCCACCUUUGCCACAGGCUGCUGUCCCCAAUAUGUCCCACAUGUGCCAUACUCGGGCUACACUGCUGUCACCAUCCCCCAGCGCCCACUCCCAGAGAAACGAGUGCAGUCUGCCCAGCCAGGGUCGCCCAAUUGCGGGGUGAGGACCCUGAGGCCAACCCCCUCACAGCACCAUGUGACCUUCUCUCCAACGGUGGGGGAGAUGGCGCCCCCUGCAGGCCAAGGAGAGGGAGCGCUCUCUCUGGAGGGGCAGAUGGCAGGCAGAGUCAGUGUUAAGUUUGUCCAGGACAGCUCACGCUUCUGGUACAAGCCUGGCAUCUCCAGGGACCAAGGUAACUUCAGUUACUGUUUUACUUUUCAUAAAGAAAGCUGACUGUUAUGUAAUAUGCAUGAACAUUAUUUUAUGUCAAUUUUCUCUUUUCCUGUAGCCAUAGCUGCGCUGAAGGAGAGAGAACCAGGGGCGUUUCUUAUCCGGGACAGCAACUCCUUCCAGGGAGCCUAUGGCCUGGCGCUGAAGGUGGCCACUCCGCCCGCUAACCUCAACAACCACAGCAGCAAAGGUAUGACUCAACAACUGCCCCUGGCCUUCAUCUCAACAACCUAUAUCUCCUCGACACAAAGCACUUCAAUUUCUGCUAGCUAAUCAUGUUCUUCCCGUAACACACACAUAGUGGUCGAUCCAUUGGAGCAGCUGGUGCGACACUUCCUGAUUGAGACUGGCCCCCGUGGAGUGAAUAUCAAAGGGUGUCAGAAUGAGCCCCAUUUUGGUGAGCUGUUCAUAAAGAAUCGUCUACUCUCAGUUUUGGGCUACAUUGUUAGUUUUCAGUCAUUUAAAGCGAUAUGUUCUAUAGUUGCUCUGCCCAAUGGAGCAUUUAGCCUAAUUGUGUGUGUGUGUGUGUGUGUGUGUGGUGUGUGUGUGUGUGUGUGUGUGUGUGUGUGUGUGUGUGUGUGUGUGUGUGUGUGUGUGUGUGUGUGUGUGUUCCACAGGGAGUUUGUCUGCAUUAGUAUACCAGCACUCCAUCACUCCCAUCUCCCUGCCUUGUUCCCUACGGAUCCCAGAGAAAGGUCAGCAGUAACUCAACAUCCCAACAACCCAUUAUGGACUGUAAUGAGUUAGCCUGCUGAAGUCAUUGUCAUGGGAACCAGUCCACACCUAAGUAAAAAAUAAGCUGUUUGAUAACCAUUGAUGCUAAGUACCCUCUCACAAUCAAAUCACUAGACAAUUUGUGCUGAAAAUGCAUAGAAUGACUGACUUCUGGCCUGGUGGGAACAUUUCCAGCCAUGUCCUCCAGAUGGAGACAGAGUAUAUAUUGACUCAGAUGCCUUUAUCUCUUGUUUACAUCCCCAUGUUGUAGAUCCCAUUGGAGAAAUGCAGGAGCUGCAGUCGACUUCCAGUAACAUGAGCACAGCUUCAGACCUGCUCAAACAGGGUGCAGGUGAGUCCCGUGAAUCAGUUAUCAUAUAAUGUUCAAUCACAAAUGGCUGCAUUCCUGCUGUAGUUGGUGAGAGACCCUGUUGUGUGUGACAUCUAUGAUCACCACAGUGCUCUAAAGUGAUCCGCAUGGUUCCAUCCCUGUUUGUCUGACCCCUCUCUUGUCCAGCCUGACAUGUGUUCUAUCUGAACUCUGUGGACACCGAGUCACUGUCCCUCUCCUGUCCUGUCCUGUCUAGCCUGUAACGUGCUCUAUCUGAACUCUGUGGACACUGAGUCACUGUCCCUCUCCUGCCCUGUCCUAUCUAGCCUGUAACGUGUUCUACCUGAACUCUGUGGACACUGAGUCACUGUCCCUCUCCUGUCCUGUCCUGUCUAGCCUGUAACGUGCUCUACCUGAACUCUGUGGACACCGAGUCACUGUCCCUCUCCUGUCCCGUCCUGUCUAGCCUGUAACGUGUUCUACCUGAACUCUGUGGACACUGAGUCACUGACCGGACCCCAGGCCAUCUCUAAGGCAACCGGAGCCACCCUGGCACAGAACCCCCGGGCAGCAGCCACAGUGGUCCACUUCAAAGUGUCCUCACAGGGCAUCACACUGACCGACAGCCAGCGCAGGUAA